UCGAUCUAAAAGAAGAAAAAGGGCAUUGGGUAAGCCCCCCAAUGCCCUGGUUUUGCAGAGGAGGGAGGCCACCGCUUCCACUCUUUGCACAGAAGAGGCGACGGCGCCUCCCUCCAACAGGUGUUGGCUUGUCUUGCUCUCCUUAAGCCAAGUUACUAAGUAAGUUUUUUUUAAUAUAUAUAUAUAUAUAUAUAUAUAUAUAAUUGAUUGUAGAGAGAGAGAGAAAUGCAGUUAUCAGAAUCCUUGCUAACAGGUGCAAAACAAAGCGCACACCGUUUGGAGAAUGGGGUUGACCAUUCUUUGCAAACAGAAGAGAUGUGCCAUCUGGUAGGGUUCUUGAACAGAUGAACGUCAGAAAAAAGAGUUGGUAAUUGAGAAAACCUAACAGGGGGUGUAUUUUAUAGCAUUAAAUACUGUACUCGAAGUAAAAAAAUGAACAAUUAAAAAAGGAUCUCAACAGUGUUAGUACAGACUAGCAUCGAACACGGCCCAAAAUUAAUUUUGAAGCAUCAUAUAAUCUUGAAUGAAGCCACAAAAGCCUCGUUUUUAAUUUUCCGUUCGCUUAUUGCUUGAGAUAGUACUUUUCUUCUCAAAAUGUUUGUGAGAAGGUUCAUAAAUGUUGUGCGGAUGCUCUUGGACUGGUUGCUUCCAAGAACAAGAAGGUUGGUACCAGAGAUCUGGUAUUGGUAGUAAUGGCUCUGACAAACUCAAUGCUAUUGCGUGAUGGCUGCCCUUCUAACGAAAUGGCACCGCCAUUGAUGGGAGCACGCUUUUGAACCAGCAUUACAACUGCUUUUCUUUCUACAAAUUAACGAUAGCCACCUUCCACAUUGGUCUGUCUACUGCCGGGAAGUCAUUGUGGUGCAGAUUUAGCGGCUUCAUUAACACACACCACUCCCUCUCUCUUUAAGCAGCAAGAGGCCAUUAUCGAUACCAACGUCUGAAUUCGGAAAGCCAUUAACUGCGCAGAGCCGGAUAUCUGACAACACGUCUGGGUCAUUGAUGGCGGAGGACAGAUCCCAAAGGAGCAAGGAAAUCUCAGCCAUGAUCAAGCAGGGUUUCAUCUCGGAUCCCUCGCUCUCACCCUUCAAGGCGGCGAGAGUUUCUCCCCCAGCCACCACUCUGGACCACCAUCGACCUUCCUCCCCCACCGCCGUCCUGGCUGCCAAGUCGAGCCCCCCUCCUCCUGCGUACUUAGCAGAGAGGUCCAAUUGCAGUCCCACUCUCUUGGAGAUGAUGGCCGGAGAGAAGGACACCUGCCCACCGGAGAGCCAGAGGAGGAUAAGGGAGAGGGUGGAGAGGAUCCUCAAGGGCUGGGACCUGCCGGAGUCCGGCGACGUGAAGCUCACUUUGAGCUCGAGGGACGGGUUCAGGAUCACGGUGAACGUCCACCGACGGAUACUCACUGGCUGUAGCCAGUUCUUCGCCUCAAAGCUCCGGCGGCAAGGGGUCGUCGACCACGAGAUAGAGAUCUCGGAGUGUGACAAUGUGGAGGCGUACUUGGAGACGGUGGCAUUAAUGUACUGCAAGGAUCUAAGGAGGAGGCUGAUCAAGGAGGAUGUUUCCAUGAUUCUUGGUGUCCUAAAGGUAUCUUCAGCAAUCAUGUUUGAUGCGGGGAUAUUGUCAUGCCUCGAGUGUUUGGAAGCCAUGCCUUGGUCGGAGGAGGAAGAGGAAAAGGUCGUCUCCACCCUCAACCAGCUUGACCUCCAAUAUUCUACUGCUGAAGUUCUGCAGAGAGUUUCCCUUGAACCAUCAACUUCUGAAAACCCUGAUGGUAUAUUUUUACAACUCUUGGAGGGGAUCUUAUGUGCCAAGGAUGAUAGGUCCAGAAGAGAAAUGAAGUCGCUGCUAUCUGUUCUGCUCAAGGGACAUUUGACGCAUGGGGACGGCAGUGAUGGCAAUGGAGUCAAUGUUAACAAGGUAGAAAUCAACAAAGAAAUCCUUUAUCAUAUAUGUGACAAAUGUAUCAAUGCACUUCUGCAGCACUGUAUGACAGCUACUAUUGUGGAAGACAGUGGACAAGAUCGUGGAGCACUAAUGAGUGAAAUUGCUCGGGAAGCAGAUAAUUUGCACUGGGUUGUUGAUAUUCUUAUCGACAAAAAAGUGUGUGAUGAGUUUGUGAAGUUGUGGGCUGACUGUUCAGAGCUUACGACCCUGCAUUCAAGAAUACCUGUCAUGUACAGAUAUGAAAUUAGCAGGAUUACUGCUCAGCUUUGUGUAGCAAUUGGCAGGGGGCAGGUUUUGGUGUCAAAGAAUUUAAGAAUUUCCUUGUUGGAGACAUGGUUGGAAGCACUGUAUGAGGACUUUGGAUGGAUGAAGAGAGCUUGCAAGACACUUGACAAGAAGUCAAUGGAGGACGGGCUUGGGCAGAUGAUUCUUACAUUGCCGUUAGCACAACAACAGUCAUUGUUCCUGAAGUGGUUUGAUCGGUUUUUGAACAGAGGGGAUGACUGUCCUAACAUUCAGAGGGCUUUCGAAGUUUGGUGGAGAAGAGCUUUUGUUAGAAGAUACAUUUCCGAGGAUAGGUCUCAAUCGCAGCUUGCGCUAUAUAAUAGCUGAUACAUUCUCAUUGUAUUCAUUGUAUAUUGCAUUUUAAGCUGGGAUGUUGGAAGUUACAGCCGUUAGGGCCUGAAAUUGGUUCAA